AUGACCGAAUAUUGCAAUUAUGACGCCGCAGGGUCUUUACAAGCAUUUAAUUUUUCUAAUUCUGACUGCUUUUUUGAUUGCGUUUAUUAUAAUGGCUGUGACCUUAACUUAUUAGGCAACGGGAUUUGUGAUAAUGCUUGCAAUUAUGCUGAAUGCGGCUGAGAUUUAGGAGACUGUGGGUAUUGUAAUAAUAAUUGUAAAAAUAAUUCAGGCUAUCAAGAUAUGCUCGGAAGUGCCUGCUACUCAUCAUGUAAUACUACUAGUUGCUAUCACGGUGAAAGUUACUGUCAAGAAUGCAGUGAAAAUUGUAUAUAUUCAAUUUUAGGUGAUGGAAUUUGUAACGAAGAUUGUAAUAAUGCUGAAUGUAAUUUUGAUUUUGGGGACUGUGAUAAUAGCACUUGUGCAGAUGGCUGUUACUCGUGAAUGAUAAAUGAUGGAGUCUGCAAUGAAUUUUGCUAUGUUGAAGAAUGCAAUUAUGACAGAACAGACUGUGACUGCGCUCCUGGAUGUUCGGCAGAGAUGCUAAAUAAUUAUCAUUAGCAUUAACUUAACUUAUUGAGAAGCUCGCCGUAAUUCCCACCUAAGGGCCUACCUUCACCCGUAAUGCUCCACUCGGCUGCUCACCACCAACCGUCUCACAGCUUCAAAGUGUUGCUCCUUCUGGACUAGGAUGUGCACUCGCUACCCGAAGUUGGAUGAGUUGCGUCACCUUGCAGUACAUUAAAAGAGUUGUCCUUCCCGAAAAUUUGAAAACAAAUUUUCUGGUCGAACUGUCAGCCAAAAUGGAAAUCCAAAGCCUGGGAAGUACGCCUAGUUUCAAGCUAGUAAGUUGCCCGAUUGACCAAGUGUCCUUGGUAUAGCUGAGCCUCCCCUUUCCAACCUUGGAAACCAUUUCCCCUGAGGUAAAAACCCUGACAUCAGAAUGAGCUGCAGUUAACCAAAUUUGACGUUGCGCUCCACUGUGCCAAGGAAAAACCUACACACACCGAGCGCAAAAUUCCCUUUCCACCAGGUCCCCGACGUAGUCGGCUACAGGUGUUGAGUAAAAGAGCUGGUUCGCCAUCGCCAUUUUAAUAUGUAUUGCUAAAUAAUUAUCAAUGUGAUGCAGAGUGUAGUAAUGCUGCUUGCUUAUAUGAUAACUAUUAUUGUGGAGAUUGUAAUAGUGGCUGCUUCAAUAAAAAUAUAAAUGAUGGUAUUUGCCAAGAUGCGUGCUGAGUAGCUAGCUGUGGCUAUGAUGGAGAUGAUUGUCAAUGCGCCACGGGCUGUAAUUAUACCAUGUAUGGCCAAUGCAAUGAAAACUGCAUGACAGCAGAUUGCUAUUAUGAUCAAUUUAGCUCAGAUACAGCUAAACAAUGCAAAAAUACAACUUUAAUGCUAUUCUAUAUGCAUUUGCAGCUGGUUAGUUACUCUUUAUCAACUGUCCAAAGCAUAAGCAGCUGCGCAGAACUAAAUUGCAAUACAGAAAUUCUUUUAAAUAGCCAGAAUAGUUGCCAAAAAAAUUGUGACACUAACCAAUGUGCUUAUUCUUGGCUUAAUUGUGAGCCUGAAAUAGAAAAUCAAUGCAGCGAUAAAAAUUGUAAAUAUUGCUAUGGAGAAAAUGAUGGGCAGUGCUAUACGUGUAAAGAUUCUUAUUAUCAGUUUUAUGGGUAUUGCUUAAAGGCUUGUCCUUGUGGAUAUUCAGCUAAGCUAAUUGCAGGAACCUAUCCUCUGUGUUUGCCUUCUGAUGAUGAGUCGUCGUCUGAAAAUCCAACUUAUUAUUAUGUGACGUCGCUUAAUACGGAUGAUGAAGCUGGAGGUAAUGGAACUUAUGAAAAUCCUUUUGAGUCUUUGGCCCUUGCAUUGACUGUAAUAAAUACUAAAUAUUCGGUUGUCGUAUUACUAGACGAUGGAGUCCAUUAUUUAACUGAGUUGAAUAAAACAAAUAUCAUGUGAAUUACCUCAACAGACUCUAAAAGACCUUUCAAUUCUCAAAUUCAAAGAAAAAGCUUAUUAAUAACUACAGAAAAUAACAACACUGUAUACCUCAAGCCUAAGCCUGACUGAAAUAUAAUAACUAUUGCGACUCUAAACACUGCUUACUUAAGUAUAAGCAAUGUCAUUUUUGAUGGAAAUGAAUGGGUUCAUGGUCACAACAACUGCUUAGAUGGGUAUUGCUCAUAUUGCCCAUCUGUGGAUCUGCAAUUUGAUGGAAGCUAUAAGGAUGAUAGAGGAAAUAAAAUAACUAAUUUUACAGAUUCAAGCCAAUGUGAGAAAUUCCAUGAUUGAAAUUUAUUUGAGGUUUUAAGCAAUACUACAUUGGAGCUAUACAAUGUUACAUUUAAUAAUUGAAGAAUGGAAGAAAAUUCGCUGAUUUUUAAUAGUGGAGGGGUCAUUGGACUUUAUAGUGUUGAUUUUGAUAAUAUAAGGACGAAUCCUAGUUCAGGAUCUGCUGUUGUUGUAUUUGAAAACUGCUAUAAUGUUUCUGUACAUACUUAUGGCUGUGGGGAUUUUAUUUAUAGUGGAGGAAGAGUUACGAGACUGAAUAAUGGCUUUGAAUACUCUUCAUCGCUGACACUAAAAGGAUUUUUCUGAGCAGCUAAAGCUCAAGCUGUGUAUUUUUUAAAAGUGGCUUUUGAAAAUAACGCUGUUUAUUCUUCUUCAAAUGCAGCUGAUGAUGCAUUAAUUUAUCUAGAAACUUUUAGAUCUCUCACAACUUAUUCCUGCAUUUUUUCUUAUAAUGUGGUGUACUCAGCUUUGAUUUAUUUAAAGCCUACAACUCUUCAGCUGAAAUCGACGAUAAACUCUCAGAAUGAAUUAGAAGAUUAUGUUAUGAAACAUGUGACUAUUGAAGACACAAUGUUUUCAUAUAAUUAUGGGUUUUAUUAUGGAAUUUUUGCAGCUCAAUACCAAACUGAGCUGCAGAAUAUUUAUUGAAAAAAUGUAACUAUUAAGUAUAACUGUGCCGAAAAAGGAGCAUUAGUCUAUAUAUCAAAUGCAGUUAUCCUUGAUAAUUAUAUUUUUGGCCAGGAUUCUAUUGCAACAGCUUCUAAUGGAAAUAAAGUGUAUGCUUAUAAAACUAAUAGAUGCUUUUAUUGGGAUUUGAUAAAUUUCAUCGAUAAUAGCUCAGGAGGCUCAGGAAUGUGAGAUUUUACAAAACUUGUAAAUUUGGACUUAAGCAGGGUUUGCAUUAAUUCAAAUGGAGUUACAAAACACACGGUAAACAGCUUAGUAUUUUCUGAAUGAAAAGCAAAUCCCAAUAUUUACUUAAAAAACCUGAUCACAUCUCUAGCCUCUUUAGAAUUUUUAUCCUUAGCAUUUAUGAAUACUCUAAUAAACCUAACUAUUGGAGACUCAGAAAUCAUUCAUAAUUCUGCAACUCUAUCCACACCUUUCUUAUGGAUAAAUAACUCAAAUAUUACACUUUUAAAUAAUGUGACUUUUGAUCACAAUUUAGGCAACUCAACGGAUUAUCCAACUAUUUUGUAUAUAAAUGGAGGCAAUCAAACUGAUAUUAUAAGCUCAAAAGUAUAUGCAAAUAUGAAUUUGGCAUAUGAAGGUUAUGGGACUGUUUAUACCAAGGGAAAUAUAUUAGCCAUGCAAAUUCAAGACACAAAUUGAAGAUUAAAUGCUGGAGGACUUUUGUUUUCUGGAAAAUCUCUUUUGCUAGAAAAUGAUGAUUUUAGCUAUAAUUUUUCACCUUUAAAAGGAGGGGCGAUAUUUAUUGAGCAAACAGAAACUAGUUUUAUGUCAGUCUCAAUAAAUUCAUGCAAUUUUUUCAAUAAUUGGGCAACAAUGUUCUCAGGAGGGGCAAUUUAUAUGGAAAACACUGGUUUUUUAACUAACGUGGCUACUAUUUCAAUAAAAGAUUCAAAUUUUUCUCAAAAUUGUGCUACUUAUGGAGCUGCAAUUUAUAUAGAUAACUCUGUUAUACUUGAUCAAAAUAGCAGCUCAUGACUUAGUUCUUCAACUUUUAUCGAAAAUAAUUCAAGCGAUUCUGGAGCUGUUGCAUUUUAUUUUUUAGGUGGAGUUUUUCUUAUUUCAGAUUGUGAAUUUUCUUCAAAUACAGGAAGAUUGGGUGCAUCUCUGCAUGUAGAAAUUAAAUCUGAGUCAAAGGACUGGUAUUCAAGAUUAACAAUAGAGUCGACUAAUUUUACUGAAAAUUCAGGCCAAGCAGUAAUUUAUGCGACAAACUCUGAUAUGUAUUCACACAUUAUUACUAAUAACUGCAUAUUUUCACAUAAUACUGCUACACCAAUAGAGCUAGACUAUGAUUAUUGGGAGGAUACAAAUUCUGUGCUUACAAAUAAUGUAGGAAAAUUUUCAGGGGGAGCCAGAUUUAAUGAUUUUUCGCUUAUUAAAUGUGAAAAUACAAUUUUUUCUAAUAAUGAAGCAAUUAAAAGUGGAGGUGCAGUUUCUUCAGGAUCAGGCUCUAAGUUUUACUGUAUGGCUUGCUCAUUUACAAGGAAUACAGCUAACAUUUCAGGCGGUGCAAUUUUCAUUGAGCAGAAUUCAUUUUUUAAUAUCACCAAAUCUUAUAUAAAAGAGAAUAAGUGCAGCAAUAAAGGAUCAGCCAUUUAUAUGCUAGGGUCAAGUACUCCUAUUUCUUUGAUUUUAGACUCCAUAAUUUCUUAUAAUAAUUCGACAAAUGAAGCUACCAUUGCUCUCCUUGAUUCUUCUAUACACAUUGAAUCAUCAACUAUAACUCAAAAUAUCGCAUCUUUUAUUACUCCCGGAGUCCUUUUGACUCUUUCACAGGCAACUAUAGCAAACUCUGAAUUUUCUAGCCAGAGUGGAGAGCAAAUGUCUAUCGUAAAUACAAAAAGUCUUCAUUGCCGGACGAAAGAUGCAAAAUCCAUCCGGAACACAAAUGCCCAGACCCGUAGACUCUGUUUCCUGCUCAGUUUGGCUUAAGACCGCAGCAAGGAUCCCAAACUCAUAUUGGUCCGAGAGAGGACAGGUCGGUGACGUCGUCAUUUUAUUUGUGCGAGUGGAGAUCAAGGCAGCUUUAUAUAUGCAGCUACACAAAGCACAGCUGAUAUUUAUAACACCACGUUUACAAAUGGGGUAAGCUCGAACUCAGCAGGGGCUAUUUAUUCUAUUUCGAGUACUGUGAAUAUAUAUAAUGGCACUUUUAAUAAAAAUAGUGCCAAAAGUGGAGGAGGCGGAGUUAUUCUGUCAUACUCAAGCAGCACUUUGCUUAUAAAAGACAGCGGAUUUUAUGACUCAUAUAGUAAAGAUGUAGGAGGGGUGAUAAUCGGUUACGAAAGUGAUUUAGAAAUCUACGACACAGUUAUGAAAAAUUAUAGGAUUGGGGCUAUUUAUGGAUCAAAAAUGAACUCAGUUACUAUAAAAGGCUCAAAUUUCUAUUAUGGGUAUGGCACCAAUGGAGGCUCAUUAACUUGUAUUUCUUGUUUAUCAGUGCAUAUAUACAAUUGCUAUUACCAAGGAAACACUGCUGAAAUAGGUGGAGCUAUCUAUUUAUCAACAUCAAGUGACACAGAAAUAAGCAAUGCUUACAUCAUAAAUAAAUAAAAUGGUGACGCUAGAGAAAUUGGUUCCAGAAGCACAAUCCCUAUGGAGAAGGUCAGGCCCAUCCUGAUGAAGCUAAAAUCAGGGCCUCUGCUCCUUUUUGAACUAGGCCUUCAGGUUUGGGGAUACCUUACGGAAAAUAUUAAUUUUUCCCCAGAAGGUUUUCCUCUCCCUAUCAGGUAAACUAGAUAGGGUUUGUCUCUUACGUAGUCUUUGUCUAUCGAGACUACAGGACACUCUGAGCAGGUGGUCCUAACCUAGGAAGCUAAUCCUUACAUUAGGUGAGUUUUUCAAGAAAACUCAAGAGGGUGGUUUUUUUUGUUUGGGCCUUAAUUAUUUGCACUUUGGUGUACAAGUACCCAGCGUAGGCCACCUUUCCUGGAGUCAAGGUAGUUCCGCUUAUAGCAUUAUAAAUCAUAAUCUUACAUCGUAAAAGAUUCAUCAUUUUGGAAUAAUUCAGCAUCUUUGGGAGGUGCAAUCUACACAAAUGAUAUUAGUUUAAAUGCAUCCUCAUCAACAUUUGUAGGUAAUAUCGCAAAUACGACUAGCGAAUUUGUAGGAACUAGCCCUUCAGCUGGAAAUGGGGGAGGAUUAAAUUUGGCCUGCUCAGAUUUUUCAACUUGUAUAUUUGAUAUCUCCUAUAACCACUUUAUACUUAAUUAUGCCAAAUAUAAUGGGGGAGGAAUAAAUUGGGAAGAUAUUUGCCCAAUAACAAAUGGAAAUUCGUUUAGUGAUAACAAAGCUGCUUAUGCUCCAGAAAUUUCUUCAUUUGCAAUAAAAUUGAUGGCGGUAGAUAAAAAUGGACAUUUAAUAAAUUAUAGAAAACUUGAGGAGAUACCUACUGUAACCUCAAUUGAAAAUAUAGCAUCUGGCCAAAUAACAACUGAAAAUAUAACACUAGCACUAGUUGAUUAUUAUGGAAAUAUUGUAUCAACUGAUAGCUCAAGCACAGCCCAACUUUUCCCUGAGGAUUCAACUUCGACAACAAUAUCAGGGACCACAAAAACGACAGCUGUUAAUGGAUUAUACAAUUUCACAACCUUCAUAGUCUCAGCUAAGCCAGGAACAAGCAUUUCUAUAAAAAUAACGUCGGCAGGUAUAGAUACCUCAAAACAGUCAAAAGCUUCGACUGAUACAGCUUUUAUUCCUUCUGUAAAGGUUGAUGUAACACUUCGGCUAUGUAUAGUAGGAGAAGCUACUAUAGGUGUUAAUUGUGAAGUUUGUGGACCUGGAUACUAUAGUUUAAAUCCUACAAACACUGAAUGUAUAGCUUGCCCAUCGCAUUCAGCAACUUGUUAUGGAAAUUAUACUAUUGUACCACAAAAAGGAUAUUGAAGACCACAUAAUAUGUCAGAUAACUUUAUGGAAUGCCCUAAGCCUUCGUCUUGUUUAGGAUCUCCAUUGCCCCCUCAUCUUUCUUUUACUGGACUUUGUCAUGAAGGCUAUACAGGAAAUUUAUGCCAAGCAUGUGCUAGUGGUUACUCAAGAACAAGCACUAAUACUUGUGGAAAAUGUCCAGACCCAGUUUCUAAUGCUUUUAAAGUGAUAGGAAUAGUAUUAGUUAUGGUAAUUGUUUGAGGAGUAAUGGUAAAAACAACCAGAAAUUCUGCAUAUAAGCCAAAAUCAGUGCAGUCAAUAUAUAUAAAGAUUUUUGUUAACUAUUUGCAGCUUGUUAUGCUAAUGACUACUUUUCAUUUGCAAUGGCCUUCAAGUGUAUCCCAGCUUUUUUUAGUUCAGAAUGAUACUGGAUCAGUGAGUCAAGAAUUUUUUUCUUAUGACUGCUUUUUAGAUGAAGGCCAAGGAAAUAACCAAGUAUACUUCAGCAAGCUUGUUAUAAUGAGUAUUAUUCCUAUAAUUAUAGCAAUUAUAUCAGUUUUAUUCUGAGGAUCUGUGGCAAUUUAUAAAAAGACUUUAACAUCAUUUAAAAAUGAUUUGACUUCCACUAUUGUCAUUUUACUUUUUCUUUAUCAUCCAAAUUUAGUUAAAUCUAUGUUUGCGAUGUUUUCUUGUAGAGAAAUAGAAGAAGGAGAAUAUUGACUUAUAGAUAAUUUAGAUAUUAGGUGUUGGGAUGAUAGACACAUAUUUUAUUCAGUAACUGUUGCAGCUCCCUCUAUUUUAGUUUGAGGAAUCGGAAUUCCAACUCUUUCUUUAUAUUUUCUCUGAAGAAACAAGCGACGCUUAGAUUCAAUAAGCGUCCGACUUCAAUUUGGAUUUCUUUUUAAUGGAUAUAAGGCAAAAUCUUAUUAUUGGGAAUUAGUCAUUUUAUAUAUACUUUUUAUUUGUAAAUACCCAAUUUAUAUAUCAAUACAGAUUAAUUGUAUGGGCUGCAUAUAAAUAGUAUAGAAAAAUCCUUAUUGUUUGUUGUUCAGUAUUUUUAGCAAAUAUUUCUACAAGUAUUCAAGCACUUACUAUCAUGAUGCUGCUUUUGUUUUGCCUUUACUCCCAAAGCAUCGUGCAGCCUUAUGACGGAAAUGCUUUAAAUGAGAUGGAAACUCGGUCAAUUUUGGUUGCGACUGUUACAAUAUAUUGUGGGCUUUAUUACUUGACUGGAUCUUUAGAUUUUUAUUCAAAAACUAUUUUUUUUAUUUUAAUCUGUGCAGCAAAUAUUUAUUUCCUUUAUUAUUGGCUUAAAAAAAUGUUCGGGGUUAGUUUGCAAGUCUUAAGUGACUUAGUUCCAUGUCUAAGGCAUAGAUUCAGUCGAAAAGUAAUGGACGGGUUCAGUGACGAUAUUUUCGAAAAAGCAGGAUUAAACCAUAUUAAAACCAGGCAAGGAGAAAGAUAUUUUUCGAUGAUUUCAAAUGAUGAUCCAUUGUCGUCAUUGCCUGUUGAUGAGGAUUUAGAAAAGGUGCUAAAUAUGGACAUGAAAACUUUAUUUUUGAAUGUGAUGGAAAACAAUAGCAGCUUCACAAAGGAAACCAAGGAAACAAAAAAUGAAGAGACUAAUAAUGAUAUUUCUUAUGAAAAUCACUAUACAUGGUCUGACCGCAUCACAGGAGAUUGGUCAGGGCCUCUUCCAGUUUCUGGCUCUGUGAGCUUUCAAUUAAACUCAAGUAAAUAA